AGGAGAUGCUCAUCUCGCGUGCGUCUCCAGAGCGAAGAGAGGAAGGAAGAGGCAUCAAAUAAAGAGGCUCGCGUGGUGGCAACAGUAGUCAUUUCACCGCGACAUGUGGACGCGGUCGUUUGUUGUGCUGUGCGUGGUUGCCGGCGCCACCUCCGUGGUGGUGCAGAAGAAGGACAAGGAGCCCCAGUCAACAGGGAACGAGCCCAGGGUGGCUCAGCUGCAGUUCCCUGAGGAACAUGUCCGUCUGCAGCAUGUUCACCUGCCGCAGCCGCUCCACCAGCACCUCCACCACCAGAUGCACGCAAACCAUGUGAUCCCUGGUAGCAGCGCCGGAUCUCAUGGGGCCCACGAGGCGACGAUGGGUCACCACCACCCCCACCCGCAAGGACACGGGGUUGCUUACCAGUAUGUGCCGAUUCAGUACGUGCCCGUGGCGCACGCGCAAGCCCCAGCAGCCCCUGAAAAUGUUGAGCACUACUCACAGCCUGAAAACCAAGCCCAUCAUGGCCAUGCUCCCGCCGUGAAGUACGAGACGCAGUUCUUGCCGUCGCAUGGACUGCCUCAUCACGAAGCAGGCGCUGCGGGACUGAUUGCUGGAGGAAGCCCUCACCACGUGCAUUUCCCUGAGGUACAUGAGCCACAAAUUCAUCCUCAUCCUCAUCCGCACCCCCAUCCUCACCCCCAUCAUCAUCCCCAUGGUCUUGUGCCAACCAGGGAUCAAAACCUGAAGCGGGUGCUGGUGCCGCUGGCGGGAAUCGCUCUGCUCGGCGCGGCUGCCGCCCUUGCCACCAACCCUAUCCUGCUCCAGCUUGGCGUUGUCUCAGACGUUUGGCGGGUUGCAGGGCGUCGUCGCAGGGAGGCACCAGCUUUCGACUUAAAAGACGUGGCUGCUCUUGAAGAUCUGGGACCACGUGCUGACGAAAUCUCGCCUUUCAGGAAGGAGAGCAACGGCUCGUCGAGAAUGCAAGAGAUUGCUAUUCUGCAGGAAUUCCUCAAAGAGCAACAUAAACUGCCCCAAAGAUCAAAUGGCGGAGAAGCCUUGCUAGCGUCUAUUUUCACCUGCUCAGGUCUGGCUGACCCUAAAAACCUAGGCUGCUUGCAACGCAUUGCAUGUGAAGCCUACGAUCCUGCAACCGAGCUGCCUGACCUGGAGAUGAAGGUGCUCAGGAUAGUCGUGCGGCAGUUAGUAACUCACCCGGCCAUCCCCAAAGUGUUGAGCAAGAAGGUUGCAUUGGCUGCCUCCACAGGGCGCAAAGGCCAGUGCGAACUAACCUACAGGUGCCCGCAGAGGGCAUGGGACCAAUGCGUUAGUCCAGUGUACUGAUUUAUCAUUGUGUUAAACAACUUAAACGAGUCAUCACUUUUUUGGCCAGCUCUGGCUUUCACUCUAUGUCACUUGUUUUGCUUUUUCAUCACUAGAGACUCCAAACACAUGUAAAAAUAUGACCCCAAAACCAUGACAAGUUUGAGUUUAUUAUAGUAAGGAAUAUUGUAACUUCUGAAUUGAUUGUAAAUAUAGGUGGAAAUAAAGUGUUUUAAUUUUAAAAC